CGCCGUUUCCAGUUGAGAGAUGGCGGCCGCCGCAGGUAGAUCGCUCCUGCUGCUGCUCUGCUCCCGGGGCGGCGGCGGGGUCGCCGGAGGCUGCGGGGCGCUGACUGCAGGUUGCUUUCCCGGGCUGCCCGUCAGCCGCCACCGGCAGCACCAGCAGCACCGGACGGCACACCAGAGGCCAGCUUCCUGGCAGAGCGUGGGAGCUGCUUAUUGCAGUACAGUUGUGCCCUCUGAUGAUGUGACGGUGGUUUAUCAAAAUGGGUUACCUGUGAUAUCCGUGAGGCUACCAUCUCGGCGUGAACGCUGCCAAUUCACACUCAAACCUAUCUCUGACUCUGUUGGUGUGUUUUUACGACAACUGCAAGAGGAAGACCGGGGAAUCGACAGAGUUGCAAUCUAUUCACCAGAUGGUGUUCGAGUAGCUGCCUCCACGGGAAUAGACCUCCUCCUCCUAGAUGACUUUAAGCUCGUCAUUAAUGACUUAACAUACCACGUACGGCCACCAAAGAGAGACCUCCUAAGCCAUGAAAACGCAGCAACCCUGAAUGAUGUGAAGACGUUGGUCCAGCAGCUCUACACCACGCUGUGCAUCGAGCAGCAUCAGCUCAAUAAGGAGCGGGAGCUUGUGGAGAGGUUAGAGAACCUUAAGCAGCAGCUGGCCCCCCUAGAGAAGGUACGAAUUGAAAUUAGCAGGAAAGCUGAGAAAAGGACAACUCUGGUGCUAUGGGGUGGCCUCGCCUACAUGGCCACGCAGUUUGGCAUUUUGGCCCGGCUUACCUGGUGGGAAUACUCCUGGGACAUCAUGGAGCCGGUCACCUAUUUCAUCACAUAUGGAAGUGCCAUGGCCAUGUAUGCAUAUUUUGUGAUGACACGCCAGGAAUAUGUUUAUCCAGAAGCCAGAGACAGACAAUACUUAUUAUUUUUCCAUAAAGGAGCCAAAAAGUCACGUUUUGAUCUAGAGAAAUACAAUCAACUCAAGGAUGCAAUUGCUCAGAAAUGGACCUUAAGAGACUGAGAGACCCGCUGCAAAUACAUCUGCCCCUCAGACAGAUCGGAGAAAAGGACUGAUCUGCUCAGAGCGUGAAUCCUGGCAGAAAGCACCUGUUUAUAACUCAUGCCUUUUUAAUCAAAGCAUUGCAGGUGGAAGCAGGGGCCAUGUGGGGGAGAGGGUUCUUACCUUUAAUUCAAAACAAAAGACAAAAAGGAUCUUAGGGAAGAAAGGGACAUUAAAUUCUGAGGAUCAGGCAUGGUGGAAUACAAGUGCAAAGGGCUUAGUGAAUCUUGUCUUAAGCAUCUCCGUUUCCAAAUGAGAAAGGCAAAGUUGUAGCUGAGAGAACAAAGCAAGGGAGAUGUUGGGGUGUUCAUCUCUUGCAUCAUUGCAAGGUCUGCAAAACACUAACACACCAGCACCCCACUCAUAUCUAGUUUUGUUUUUUGUUUUUUAAUUUAAAGUUUCUUAUUUUGACAUAGGAAUAAAUAAACUAUAUAAGAAAGCAAAUCAUUAUGAAUUGUGGUUAGCAGAGUCUGAGCCAGUGAGGUUAGCCUUCAUCUUAAGCUGGACCCAGACUCUGUGAAGUUAGCAAGAAUCUCUUCAUCCUGGGUCCCUUUUCUGACCAGCUACCUACUUAUGUAUACCUGCUGGUUUCACUACUUUUAUCCAAAUAAUCAUAGGAAUCAACUUAUGACUGUUUGAUGCUUGACAGUUGGAUUAUCUUGACAUGAGUUCUCAUGUCUAUCUCCCAGGGCUCUGAAUUGAUGUCUAGAAAUCACUGGCAGUACUGCAUGA